CCCCCAACAGGCCGCUCAGAUGACUAACCUCACGAGCAGCAAGAAACACUGAAGCAGCGCGUGAGACUCAUUCAAAAUGACGGAAAGUGUCGGAGCUGAUGUGGAGUCCAAGGUCAGACCCAUGGCCUUCCAGUCUCAAAAAGAAAUGUUUGAGAAGAUGGAGGAUUCUUUUAAAUUCUGUGCAGGUUGCCAGAAAUGGCCGAAACAGCUUUCAAACCCUCAGAGUCUGAAGCGAUGUGCAAGAUGUCUGCAUGUGUAUUACUGCUGUAAGGAGUGUCAGAAAGAGGACUGGUCCAAACACAAGAAGUUCUGCUCACAGCUGCGCCUGGCUGCCAUUGAUAGAGUAGUGGAGUGGCUUUUGCUUAAAGGAGAUCUUCCAUUUGCCACACAGAAAUGGUCAAAGCCACAGUCAGAAGUCAAAGGUUGGGAUGACUGGCUUGCCAUGCAGGGAGAUCUCACCUCUUGCCUCAGUCCGGUUUUAAGCGGGGCAAACAUGAAAGGCUUGUGGACACACACAGGCAGACCUCAGCCAGGCAAUGAAGACCUAAAGCAGUCCCUGUGGAGGGUGUGCAGCGAGUUCUUCUCCAGGCCGCUCACCAUAGCCUGGGGGAUGAGGAUGUUUGGUCUCAACCCUUUCUCCAGACCUCUCACCAUCCACCUGGUGGGAGUGGCUCAGAGUGAGACUUUAGCAGCGAGACUCACUGACUAUGAUGAGCUGAACAAAAUGUUCCCUGGGCACCAGGGUAUCGAGAUCGUCAUGGUGGGACCAGAGGUUGUGGGCGGGCCAAUCGUGAGGCCUCCUCUUACAGCGUUUGGCCCCAGGCAGAGGGUCUACAUCAGCGCCUACAAGGGUCUGUACCACGAGUUCUGGGAGGAGCUGGUGGAGAAAGAGAAGGCAGCCAAGCCGGACCUGGUGGUAGGAUUUCAUCCUGGAUUUGAUGCCAGUCAGGCCCUGGAUCAGGGUUGGCUUCCAACUCUUCUGCUGCUCAGAGAUUAUGAGAUUCCCUCCAUGUUUACUGCUCUAAAUGAGACAGAGAUGACAUACUCCCUGCAGAUCCUGUUGGAGCUGGAGAUGGACCUGAAGGGAAGUGGAGCCAACCCUUUUGCCUCUUUAAAACCAGAAGUGGAGGGUCCGUGUCCCAACAAGCCCCCCCUCUUCUGCAACUCCCACUACUUCUGUUUCCAGGGUCUGCUGGAGAGCGUGGAGUUUGAAGAGCCAGAGGAGGCCUGAAGGAGCUGAGUACUGACACAACUCUGAAUUUAGAGACUUUAAUGCCUUUCUAUUUUUUCCUAUAAUGAAAUACUACAAUAACAAUAACAGAAAAAGAGUGUGUAAAUACACAUUUGAUUGGUUAACUGUCAUAUCCUUUUUAUUUGGUAGCAGCUGUGAAAGUGUUGGCUGUGACAUUUGCCUUCACUAUCUCAUUUUUAUUGCAUUCAACGGCCAGAGUGUGACAUUUGAAUAAACUGUCUGUGAACUAUUAGCAGAGUCAAUAAAACAUUAUAGAAGUAGUCAAAUGUCCACUGAUAUUAUAC